UGAGCGUUGCUGCGGCCGCAGCACUGAGCCUGGUGGAGGAGGCAAAGAACAGGGUGCCGACCGUGGCACUGCCGCCGCCACCGCCACCACCAUGUCCUGCAGCCUGCUGCAUUUCUGCUCCUUCCAGGAUCUCAGGGUCAUCCACAAUUUCCUCUUCCCGCGACAGAAGGAGGAAGCGAAGGCCGGCGAUAAAGAACACAGCUGGGAAGAUGAAGAUUGGGGAGUGUGGGAUGACGGUGAAUUGAAAGAAACUAAGGAAGAUAACUCUCCAAGUAAGGCACCAGCUGUAUCAUGGUUACAAGACUGUGUGAUAUCAUUGUCGCCGACUAAUGACCUAAUGGUGAUGGCAAGGGACCAGAAAGCUGUAUUCCUAGUGCCAAAAUGGAAGAAUAAUGAAAAAGGUAAAAAUGAAAUGCAAUAUUGUGUUACCUGGAGUGGUUCCUUGAAUGUUGAAGAAGGUGAAUGUGUCAGUAGUGCAAUUUGCAUACCGUUAGCAAGUCAGAAGAGAAGUUCCACAGGACGACCAGACUGGACAUGUAUAAUUGUUGGUUUUACCUCGGGAUAUGUACGAUUUUAUACUGAGAAUGGAGUUCUUCUUUUAGCACAACUUUUAAAUGAAGACCCAGUUUUGCAAUUGAAAUGUCGAACUUAUGAGAUACCUAGGCAUCCUGGUGUCACAGAGCAGCAUGAAGAACUGAGUAUUUUAUAUCCAUUUGCUCUUGUGACAAUAGAUGGAUUCAGCCUCUUUCAGUCUCUUCGUGCCUGUCGAAACCAAGUAGCACGAGCUGCAGCUUCGGGCGCUGAAACCGUGCAGCCUCCACCUUUAACAUACAAAAAAUGGGGUUUACAGGACACUGAUAUGAUUGUGGACCAUAUAAGCGUAGGAAUCAUGACACUGUGUCCAUUUGAUCAGUUGAAGACUGCCUCUAUUUUAGGCGGAGUAAAUGCCACUGUAAAGAGCAGCCCACCAGCCAUGUCAUCACAUGUAACAGUUGGUUCUGGUCCAUUCACAGGGUUUUUCUAUGCUUUGGAGGGUAGCACUCAGCCUUUGCUAUCACACGUUGCUUUAGCAGUUGCCAGCAAACUCACAUCAGCUUUAUUUAAUGCAGCUAGUGGGUGGCUUGGCUGGAAAAACAAAAAUGAUGAAGAAGCAGUGCAAAAGCAGAAGCCAAAGGUUGAACCUGCAACCCCUCUUCCUGUAAGAUUUGGGAUUCCAGAUUCCCGUCGCCGUGGAGAACAUAUUUGUUUAUCACCUUGUAACACUCUGGCCGCUGUAACAGAUGAUUUUGGCCGUGUCACAUUACUGGAUGUAGUAAGAGGAGUAGCAAUACGUAUGUGGAAAGGAUAUCGUGAUGCAGAGGUAGGCUGGAUCCAGGUGGUAGAGGAUCUUCAUGAAAGAGAAAUUGAGAAAAGCAACGUGUCUCCCUUCAGCAGUCCUACAGGUCUAAGGCGAGUGGCUCAAUUCCUGGUUAUCUACGCUCCAAGGAGAGGAAUCCUAGAAAUAUGGAGCACCCAGCAAGGUCCGAGAGUUGGAGCAUUUAAUGUAGGAAAACACUGCAGGUUGUUAUAUCCUGGAUACAAGAUAAUGGGACUGAACAAUGUUACCAGCCAGGGUUGGCAGCCACAAACCUACCAGAUUUGUCUGAUUGAUCCUGUGGAUGGUAAUGUGAAAACCAUCAGUGUUCCCUUUCAUCUUGCUCUUAGUGAUAAGAAAAGUGAAAGAGCAAAGGAUAUGCAUUUAUUGAAGCGGUUAACUGCUUUGUUGAAGACCAAAAUAUCUAAUCCUGAAAAUUUGGAAGCCGAGAUAAAGACACAGCUUCUUGAUAUUAAAUAUCCUACCAUGAAAAAGCAGGCUUUAGAAAGACUACUAGCAAGUAAAAAUGUCCCAUUAUCUUGCUUAACAAAUUUAAUCCAGGCUCUUUUGGACAACUUAAUGAGCCAAGACCCUGAAAGCGUUGAUGAAGGAUUGUUGCAAUUUUGCCUCAGCCAGCUGAAAUUGCUUCACCUUUAUACAUGUGUAAGCAAACUCAACUCUGAAGAUGUGGAGCAGAAUGGUGGUAAAAUCAGCAAUGAAUUGGCUUCUUUGCUAAGACUAGAAGAAAGGGAAUGUGAAAAAAUUCAAACUCUUCUGGAUAAUUAUAGACAAGGAAAUACCAAAAAUACAGUUCAAUUUGAGGAAGAUGAAAUCUAUAAACUUCCAAUCCAGAUGUUCUUGGAAUACCUUGAAUAUGAAAAAGAUGCAGUUAAUGUGAAGAAAGUAGGUGAAGAAGAAUAUGUUGCUUUGGGCAAUUUCUUUUUCUGGAAAUGUAUAUGUGGGAAAAGCUCUGUGGAGGAAAUGUGCCGUUUGCUGGAGUCUGCAGGAGCGAGGCCGCAGCAAUUUUUGUCUCUGCUUCUUUCUAUGUGGCUCUUCAGGGAGAAGGAAAUCCUCAAGAACCAGGAAUCAAUUAGCUACCUCCAUAUUACGCUUUCACACUUAAUCAAAAUGAAAGGUGCUAUUGAUGUUUCAUGGGACCUUCAGUCGGUAUCGCCUUGGUGGCAGCAAAUGCGUACCGCAUGUGCGCAAGCAGAGAAUAUUGGAGCUGCGUUAUUAGCUGCACUUGUUGGAAAAAGUGUAUCUAUAGGUGUAACAAACAGUCUGGCUGAGAAAGAUCGAGAAGAAAUUGAAGGUUCAGAUGGAAUGACUGAUUCUUGGGAAGCAUUGUCUCUUGAUGUGGAACACUGGAAUACACUGCUGAGACAGCUUGAAGAUUGCCUGGUUCUCCAAACACUUUUGCUGAGCAAAGGGAAUAAACCACCCUGCUGCCAUUCUGAGCUACUUUCCCGUUUUUCUGUUAAAAAACUUCUGGAGGGUGGUCGAGGGGUUGUUGCUGACGGUGUGGCAAAAUGGAUAUUCAAACUGGAUCUUACUCCAAGUAUUCUGAAACAGGCGCAUCAGACCGGAAGAUUGGGAAGUGCAGAAGAGCCAGUGGAAGAAGAACACGACAUUCUCUUCUAUGAGAAGUGCAGAGAGCUCGGCUUGGAACAAAUAUUACAGUUUCUCCAGUUGACCUAUGAGCGAUUUCCAUACAGUCUGGAAUCUGAUGUUCUUCAUGCACAUUGCUGUUGGGAAUAUGUAGUGCAAUGGAACAAAGAUCCAGAGGAAGGCCGAUUUUUGAGCAGAUCUGUGGAUCAUCUGAAAUGCAUUGCCAACGGUCAUGUUCAGCGGGGUACUGCUGUAAUGAUGUGGAAUACCUUUAUUGUAAAGAGACUGUCAGCUGCUGCUUACCUAAUGGAUAAGGAAAAAGAAACCCAACCGAUCCAGUCUCCCCCUCCGCAUCCGCAACAGCUGAAAUCUUCCAGUCUAGGCAACAUCCUGGUUGGGAAAGCACCUAAAGACAGACUCUGCAGAAGAGAUGUCGGCAUGAGUGACACGGCCAUGACUUCUUUCCUUGGUUCUUGUUCACUGCUGAUUCAAACUUUAAUGGAGGCUGAAAUCAGAAGUGAUGAGAUGAAGGAGCCAUUUCUGGAGAUAGAAGACACCUGGUCAGCUAUAGAGGGUCCAACAUCAAUUAUGGAUCUGGCUCUAGAACAAAGACAUGUUCAUUAUCCAUUAGCUCAACACCACUACAUUCUAACUGUUAUUAUGCAUGGAAUAAUGCUUUUUGGAAUAAAAUCUGUCAAAAUAUUUAGUCUAUUUGAUAGUAAGGGCAAAAAUGCAUUUUUCAAGGAGUUGACUUCAAUUCAAUUGCUGCCAAGUGGUGAUAUGGACCCUAACAUCAUCUCCCCCAGGCAACAGUUCUUAAUGAAGUUAGUCAGUGCUGCAGUCCAAGAACUAGUGAAACCUCAAAAGACUGUGAAUGCUACUGAACAUCAAUUUUAUGAAGAGCAAGAUUGGCCCUCAGUGGCAGUAGAGCUGUCUCAGAACCUCCAAGUAAAUGAAGAUGUUAUUCGACGACAUCAUGUGUGUGAACUAUACAGUCAUGGAAUUGACCACAUUGGGGAAGAGGCAAUUCUCCAAGUACAUGAUCAAGAGGUCUUGGCAUCCCAGUUGCUUGUGCUUACUGGACAGAGGCUUGCAUACGCUUUACUUCACACUCAAACCAAGGAAGGAAUGGAACUGCUGGCCAGACUCCCUCCAAUGCUGUGUACUUGGCUUAAAGCUAUGAAUCCUCAGGAUCUUCAAAACAAAGAUGUGCCAAUUGCAGCAACAGCUCAAUUGGUGAGGAAGGUGAUAGAACUCUUGCCUGAAAACCACGGGCAAUACAGCCUGGUGCUGCAUCUAUUAGAAGCAGUUGACGCCAUUUCAUCAUUGUGAC